GUCUCUAGUCGUUUGACUACUUCCUCUGACAGUCCUUGUAUUAUAUUGAACGAACAAUAAACGCCGAAAAAUGGCGAAAAGGAUUGCGCAGAGCUCUGUGAACUGGGCCGCCCUCGCCGAGAGGGUCCCGGCCGAGCAGAAGGCCCAACUGGCGGCUUUCAAAAUCAAGUCCGACACAUACCUCCGAAGAGUUUUGGCUAACCCACCCGAGCCGCCCAAGAUCAACUGGGCCAUCUACAAGAAUGCUGUGCCAGUGGCUGGUAUGGUGGACAACUUCCAGAAGCAGUACGAGUCCUUGAAGGUGCCCUACCCCUCGGAUACGCAGUCCGCGCAGGUUGAUGCUCAAUGGGCUGAGGUCAAGAAGGCCAUCGAGGCCUUUGUCCAGGAGUCCAACUCUAACAUUGCCAAGUACCAGAAACAGAUCAGCGAAGUCAAGGCCCUGCUGCCAUACGACCAGAUGACCAUGGAGGACUACCGCGAUGCCUUCCCUGAGAAUGCACUUGACCCCAUCAACAAGCCUACCUUCUGGCCCCACACUGAAGAUGAGCAGCUGGGCUAUGUUGACCCCGACAAGCCAGCGCAUUCUGGUCACUAAAUUAAUACCACCUUUACACUGCUUCACAGUUAUAACAUCAUCCUUAAUCUGAUGAAUAUGUGUUUUGAAGAAAUGUCAAGGUUGUUAGGAAGUCACGAUCAUCAUGUUCUAUUUAUGUAGGAAUAAAUGAAAUUUACCAAUAGUA